GGUUUCUGCCCCCGCGCGUCGCUUUUGUGGCAGCACGAGGCCCCCGCUCAAGCCGUUUCUUGGUGCUGGUAGGGCUGCAGCCUGUGACGAAGAUGGCCCGAGGCGCUCUUGAUCGGCGGCGAAUGCACCCCGUCGCACAGAGAAAGCCUAUGCUCACGGCGACAUUUGGAGGCCGUGGGCCAGAUGCCAAUCUCGAUAAAUACCAUGGAUCGGCUGCCUCCUGUCAGCUUGGCAUCCCCUUCAUUCUCGUCAUCCUCAGCUUAGACAACAACGUCAAUCAUCGGCCCCUUUCGCAUCAAAGCAAAUCUCGCCAUCAAACUGAACAACUCGAAGCACAAAACGUCAACCAGCACAACCGCACGGACCACGACCAUGGCUGCCGCCACAGAGAACAAGGAGAACUGCCCCAUCCAGGCCUUCAAGGACAAGACGGGCCAGGACGCACCAGUCUGCACACAAUGCAUCAGCGGCUCCAUACAUAAAGGCCUGCCCAAGGGCACCAUCGAGAAGCUCCACGGCCUGGACACCUACGUCAUUGGCAACCGCGAGAGCCCCCGCGGCAUCAUUGUCAUGUACACCGACAUCUUUGGCCUUUCGCUGCCCAACAACAGGCUCAUUGCCGACUCGUACGCACAGAGCGGCGAGUGGCUCGUCUACGUGCCCGACUUCUUCGAGGGCGACCACGCCCCGCUCAAGUUUGCCGACGUUGCCAUCCCCGUCGACGCCGCCAAGCAGUCCAAGCUGUCCUUCUUCACGGGCCUGCUCAUGACCGCCCCGUCCGGCAUCAGCUGGCUCAUGCGCCACAAGGACGGCCCCACAGACAAGACCUGCAUGGACUUCCUCGAGAGCCUCCGCCGCGAGACGCUCCCCACGGGCAAGAAGAUCGGCAUGGUCGGCAUGUGCUGGGGCGGGCGCUACUCGAGCCGCGCUACCCUCGAGAAGUACAUGAUUAGCGUCGACGACAAGCGCGUGCCCCUUGUCGAUGCUGGCGUCGCGCUGCACCCCAGCAACAUGGUCCUGCCCGACGACGCGCAAAACAUGGUUGUCCCCUUCAGCUACGGGUGGGGCGAGAAGGACACCAACACCAAGAUUGAGCUCUGCGGCAAGGUCAAGGAGCUCCAGGCUGAGGAGGCAAAGGCCGGCAGGAAGGUGCCCGAGGUCGAGCACAAGAUCUACACACCCGGCCGGCACGGCUUUGCCGUCAGGGGUAACCCUGAUGACCCUGCCGAGAAGAAGUGUCUCGAGGACUCGGUCCAACAAGUCCUCACAUGGUUCGACCGCUGGCUUUGAGGUCUCGAGAGACAAUGAGCUCCGCUCAUGAUAAUUUGCGACGUGUGUCGAGCAGAGGUUGCGCGAGGCAGCUGUAGGAUCUGUGCGCGCGAAUCGCAGUGUUUUUGUUUAUGUUAGAUACCACUUUAGACUUGUUCAGAUGAAUCAUGACCUUUUGUAUCGCUUA